AUGGCGGCCACGGCAUACACGUCGUUACGCAGGUCCUCGACGUCGUCCACGAGGUCAGGGUCAGGGUCGGACUACAGCGAUGCAGGAACGGGGCCAAUGACGGCGGCGAAAAGGACGAGGGCGACCCGAGGCGUGCUCCUCGACGACGACGACUACGACGCAUACAACAACGACACAAAAGACGUCGCCUCGUCGUCGUCGCUGCCCUCCGUCUCGGCCACCGCGACGCCCAGCCCCGCAAACUUUUUGUCCCUCGCCGAGACGAGCCUCACGCCCUUGUCCAUGGACAGCGACCUGUUUUCCGAUCGAGGGUUCGACAGUAGUAGCAAAGCAGGGGACAAGACGGGCAGCCCGAGCCCCUACAAGCAGCAGCAGCAGCAGCAGCAGCAGCAGCAGCAGUCGACGACACAAACCUCUGGAAUGGCGCCGUCAUCAUUAGCAUCGUAUGCUGUGCAAGCAGGCCACGAAGACGAAGACUUGAGACGGAGCACAAGAGCCAACGAGGAGGCAUCAUCAUUGCCUGCGACGUCUGCGGCCAUGCGAUCACCACAUGCAUCAGCGACAUCUUCAGCAGCAGCGACAAGGACGAGGACGGCGGCGGCGGAUGAGGAAGCAAAUGUCUCGGGUGCACGCGACACGGCGACGGAAAUAGAAGCGGCAGCGUCGCACGCGGCCAAUCGAACCGGCAGCAGCAGCAGCAGCAGCAGCGGGAACAUCGAAUGCGGCACUGAGUUGAUGGACUGGAAUGCAGCCAGGGAGGAGCAUCAGCACCAUCAGCAGCAGCAGCAGCAGCAGGAUCCGCAGGGAGAGGGAGAGCAAUGGCAAGGUCAGGAAGACGACGACCCACGGGCAAUCUCGCGUAGGAACCCGCGCCAGCGUCGUGCUGGGUCGACGCCGCUGUCGCUCGAUCCGCUGCAGAUGAUGAUCGGGACGCCCCCCGAUAACGAUAAGGUCGCCUCCAUCAGGGCCCUGCCGCUGCCGCUGCCGCUGUCGCUGUCGCUGUCGCUGCCGGAUAACGAUAAGGAAAGGGAUAGCGCCCCGGCCCCCCCGGCCCCCCCGGCCACUCACACCCAGGACCGGACACAGGCCAGCACCAGCACCCCCAGCACCACCGCUACCAACAGCAACACGAACGCCCAAGCACCCACCGGCGCCAGCGCCAGCGCCAGCAGCGGUACAACCACCACCACCGCCGCCGCCAGCACGUCCCCCCGAUCCACCACCACUACCACCACCACUGCGUUCCAAUCGCACCCGUUCCAGUCGGGCCCGUCGUCCCUGGCAUCUGCUCCUGUCGCCGCCGCCCCCUUGGCCCUGCGUACGAAAAACAUCUCGGACACGAAUAGUAGUAAUAUCGCCUCCGGCCCCCCUAAUACGAGCUCUGCGUCCGCCAUCACGAGCCCGGCCGCCUCAACCUCCUCGCCCUCCACCGUCUUCUCCGCCCCGGCUGCCUUUACCCGCCAAAUCUCGACAUCCUCGCUGCGAUCCACAAGCAGCCUCAUCUCCCAGAUCCAGGACAGCCUGCAGCAGCAGCAACAACAGCAACAACAAUCACAACACCACCAUCACCACUCCUCGUCGGGCGCACAUCUCGUCAGGCCCGUUGCCAAACCCAUCGUUCGCACCACCUCCGACUCCCAAUUCACCCUCAAGCACCCCGUCCCCGACCUCAACUGCCGCUCCGGCGCCUACAUCGGCAACGUGGCCGCCCUCGAGAAGUCGGCCGAGCGCCUGUCCAUGACCAGCUCCAUCGAGGACGCCAUCCGCGACCUGCAUGGGGAACUGAAACGUUCUGACUCCCGCCGCUCCUCCAUCCUGGCCGCCAGCGUCGCCGCCUCCCAGUCCCCGAUUGAGGAACCCUCGGCUCAGCCUGGCCCCCUGCGAGUCAUCCCUCCCGUCGCCUCCAUCGUCGAGCUCAACAACGCCGCCCGUCUCGGCGGAUACUCCCCGAGCGGCUACGUCAUGUCGCCCAAUCACUCCAUGACCGGCCGUUUGCGCUCCGGCUCCAAGAACUCGAGCGGCCGUCCCGAAAUCGACGUCGACGCCAUCAUGUCUCGCCACGGCCCCGGCAAGGGCUCCACGAGGAGCGUCCGCUCCGGCAAGCCUUCGCUGGCUGAGAUCGCCGAGUCGGAGCCCGUCGCCCUGACUGGUCGCGUGCUCGACGAAGCCGACCAUGCUCCCAUCCCCGUCACCGCCGACGACGACGCUACCAUCCGCCGGCCCAAUACCCAUUACGAAGAGAACCCCGGUAGCUACCACGACAUGUUCGGCGACAUGGACCGCCAGUCUUCGGGCCUCGGCCUGGACUUUGGCGGUGACAAUGCCAAUGCCAAUGCCAACCCCAACGCUGCGCGAGACCCCGACGACAGGCCGCCCUCGCCCCGUUCUACCUCGACCUUUGACCACGCCAACGCCUUUGGCGACUUUGACGGCGUGCACUGCCAGCCGGAAGAUCUCGAGCGCGGCUACGAACCCUCCCUCCGCGACCAUGGCGACGGCGAGUACCACGAAAUGCCCAUGCCAAUGCCCAUGCCCAUGUCACAGGCGACGAUGCCCAUGCCCGAGCCCCAGUACCAGCCGCCGCCGGCACCACGCAUGCCGCCCACGAACAGGGCCGACAGGGGCAGGCCGCAGUCGUACUUUGACCCGCUCACCGGCCAGGAGAUGCUCUGCUACCCCGCUCGCGUGCCGGCCAUGCUCAACCUGCCGCCCAAGCUGUCCAAGAAGCCCAAGACGGAAGUUCGCAACGCGCGCCACUCCAAGGUGCUGCAGGCCAUGGGCCACCCCGGGUUUGGCAAGGCCGAGUACCUGCCGCAGGAUCCCGAAGCCCCCCCCGUGCGCGAGUCCAAGAUGUGGCUUCCCGACCCGCUCGCCGGCCACGGAAUGACCUCGUUCGGCGACUACGCCAACGACCAGCCUUCGGGAGAAGCACCACUGAAGGAGCCGCCCGUUGCCGCCGACUCGCAUGUGCCGUCGGAGCAGGGCGACCCGGUGCUGGCGGUGGGCGGUGGGCCAGCGCAAUCCGAGGACAUGUCGCAGCCUCCGACCCAGCAACGCCGCAAGUCCAAGAUGCCAAGGGCCUCGCAGCUGCCACCUCAACUGCGUGCGAGCGCCUUUUUCGAACUGCCCUCGACAACACCCAAGAUCGAGAUGAAGGAAGGCUCCGCCAUGGCCACGCUCGAUAGCAUCCUCGACGCUUCCGCCAACGCCCCCGUCAGUGCCUUCACAGACCACGCCUUCGCCGGCAAGCUGGGCUCCGAGGUGUACGGCCCCGACAAGAAGAAGAACCGCAAGUCGACCGCGACCGCCAUCCUGCUGCCCGAAGAGCACGUCAGGGCCGCCUCGCAGAAGAAGAAGGGCGGACUCACGCCUUUCGGCAAAGGCUCCAACGACGGUUCCCGGAAGAACUCGAUGGCCGGCAGCAGGGAAGAAAACCAGGCCCUGUCCGACCACGUCGACGGUGCGAGGGCAGACAAAGCCGAAGGCGAGAGCUCGGGCGACGAAGAGGAACAGGUGGAGGACGAAUUCGCCGGCGUUCUCGACGGGCCUCCCACUACCCUGCUCGCCGAGCUGCAGUUGCGCAAGUACCACGCGAGGAUGCGGACGCAGAACCCGAACCGCAACGUUGGCCAGAACGGCAUGCACGCCACCCUCAUAGAGCUCGAUGCCGUCGCCGAGACGCAGAAGAGGCAUCGCGAAAAGAAGAAGGUCGCCCUCGCCUGGGAAGACGGGGUCAAGGAGGAGGAGGGCAGCUCCGACGAAGACGACGUGCCGCUCGGCGUCCUCUACGCGAGCCAGCCCACCAUCGCCGAGAGGAACCGCCCUCUAGGUCUGAUGGAGCGCCGCGACCUGGAGGAGAACGAGCCCCUGAGUGCCCGCCGAGCGCGUCUGCACGGACACGAACCGCCAAAGACGCUGGGCAAACAGAGCAGCAACUACACCCUGAACGCCGGACUGAGCCAGCUUCGCCUGCACCAGAUGCCCUCCACCGAGCGCAUGAGGCCCCAGGAGGAGUCGGACGACGACGAAGCGGUCGAGGGCGAGACCCUCGCCGAGCGUAUGCGGCGCCUCAAGACCAAGGACGAGGCUAGGCACAACAACCUCCCCAGCGCUCGCCCCGUGAGCAAGGCCUUCUCGGCCGAGAUGCUCGCCCAGUUCGGCGAUGCCGACAAACCCGAGGACAAGGGUAAGGAAAAGGAGACCCAGCCCGAGGAGACAGAGGAAACUCUCGGCCAGCGCAGGAAGAGACUGCAGGCCGAGCGCGAGGCCCGCGAACGGGAGAUGAUGCUGGGCGGCGGUCCCAUCGAGCCGGAAGCACCCCUGUUGCGCAAGAAGCACAGCAUGGCCGACGUCCUCGGCUCGCACCCCAUAAUUCACAACAACCCCGCCCUGGAAGAGCGGCGCCGCAUCGAGCAGGAGCAGCGCAAGGUCAGGGAACAGGAGGCCAAGAUGGCCGCCAUUCGGGCACAGAUGCCCACGACCCUCACCGGACCCAACGUACAACGGACCGGCGGCUACAUGAACGGCGCCUUCAACGACGGCACCGGGGGCAACGUCCAUCAGGCGCCGCCGGCCCACAACGGCCUCGGCGCCAACAUGGGCCCCGGCGGAUGGAACCGAUCCAGCAUGGCUUUCAGCAGCUACGGCGGGCCGCUCCAGCAACCGAUGCAGCACUACCAGCAGCAGCCGGCGUAUGGCGGGCACGCCGGGGUCGGGCAGAUGGCGCAGACGCCCAUGAACGGCUACGGGGGUUACACCGCCGGCGGCAUGGGCGGCAUGGGUGGCAUGAACAACAUGAACGCCUACGGCAUGCCAAUGCAGAUGCAGCCGAUGAGCGGCGGCAUGGGAAUGCAACAGGGCAUGGCGCCGAUGCAGAUGCAGCCGAUGCAGAUGCAGCCCGGGCAUAACGGGCAGAUGCAGAACAUCGAGCGCUGGAGGCAGAGCGUCAUGUACUAG